UCAGUAGCAGGCGAGCCCGACCGUCGAGCGGACGCCCUCGCCCUGCCUGUCGGCCCGCAGCCCGCCGCCACGCCCUCACUGGCUCCGCCUGGCUCCGCCGCCUGUCGUUGACUGUCGUUGUGUUAUGGUGCACGGCGCCUGUGUUAACGGUAUCACUGUUACUUCCAUGGUGAUUCGGCAGCGAGUUGGCUACGAACGCCCCUGGCCGACAAUCGGCUACCAGAUUCCAGGCGCGCUCUUCCCUUCCCUUAUGGAGUUCCAGCUGGAUAGUGCCGAGUACUGCCAGGCCCAACACAAGUAGAGGGCGUUCGCAGCUCGUCCAGAGCACUAGUCCAGCCGCACUGAGAGCAGGCGAGCCGGUAGCAGCAGCAGUGUGGGCCAGCCGUAUGUGAAUGUGUGAGUGAGUGUUGUUGAGUACCAAGAGACUGGAGUGUCGAAAAGAAGGAAGACGAUUUUAGCAUAUCAGUCAACCAAGUUACUUCCAAUUAUUUUUAUCUAUUGUUUUCUUUAAGAAACUUCUUUCCUGCCAUUGUGGAGUGUUAAUUUUUUUAGUUAUACUGAACUCGACAAAGGAAGUAGUUAGGUUUACCUAGGGAGAAGUGUUGGGAUUAUUUUCUCUUCUGUGAUUUAGUUCGGAAAUGAGCAACAACAUGAGGGCCAAGGACAUUCGCCCUGCUCCAUGUGAGAUCGAGUACAAGGGCAUGAAGUUCCUCAUCACGGACAGGCCAUCCGACACCACCAUCAAGGCCUAUAUCCAGGAACUCAAGAAACACAAAGUCAGAGAUGUGGUCAGGGUAUGUGAACCAACAUACAAAGUGGAGGAGCUUCGUGAUGAAGGAAUUAGUGUCACAGAUCUAGCCUAUGACGAUGGCACCUCUCCUCCAGCUCAGGUGGUGGAUGAGUGGUUUGAACUUCUGCGGAAGCGCUUCAAGGAUUGUCCUGAUGCCUGUGUAGCAGUGCAUUGUGUGGCUGGAUUGGGUAGAGCACCAGUUCUUGUAGCGCUUGCUCUAAUUGAACUCGGCUUGAAGUAUGAAGAUGCUGUGGAGAUGAUUCGUCAGAAGAGACGAGGGGCCAUUAAUGCCAAGCAGUUAGCAUUUCUGGAGAAGUAUAGACCUAAGUCAAGACUCAAGCUGAAGAACGGCCACAAAAAUUCAUGCUGCAUUCAGUAACCAAGAAAUAUUUGUGUAUUAGGGCACAACAAACUUGUUUGAGAUGUAAAACCAAAUUUGAAGUCAAUUCAGAGGGGCUUUAUGCUAACCUUGUGUCAUAUUUGCAUAGUAGUCUUUUAGCCUGUCCUGGUCACAAUUGUGUGUGUGUGUCUGUGUGUGAGUGUGUGUGUGGGCGGGGGGAGAUGAACUGCGUAAGUCUUCAAUCAUACUCUCAUGACUCACUUUAAUCAAUUCUAUACUUUCUUUUCCAUGAUUGUCAUACCCCCUCCCCCCCUCCCUCAAAUAGUCUAAAUGUAUUUUGGUUAUUUGACAAUCUCUACUCAAACCUCAUAUCACAUUUGUGCCGGUUGUGGUUAAAAUUGCAGUGAGACUGUUUUCAUACUAUUAAUGUAUAUUUUAGUAGCUUUAUUUUUUGUUACAAUUUGUUUAAAUAUGAUGUAAACUUUUUGUCACUAAAUGCCAAGAUCAGAAUCUUGGAAUAAUGAUGUUAAUGAAGUAAUGAACUACAUAUUUGUGAAAUUGUUUGAUUUUCUGUUAAUUUUAUUUUGAGCUCAUACGUGCAUAUUUUAAUGUCAGCUUUACUGUAGUACUUUAUGGAAAUGCUUAUAAAAUCCCAAGAGCUUUUAAAAUUUAGGGCCCUGUUGUACUUGAAUAAGUAUCCACUCGCUAUUUCAGGGUUUUAGUUAUGAGGUUUUAUUUUGGCAAAGCUUCAAUGUCUUCAUGCAAGUAUAAUUUUCCAUGAAAUAUUGCAGUGUGUCAACAUCCAGUGCAUUCCUUGUAGAAAAAUAUUUUUGACUCACAGAUAAUAUUUGUUACACUCUGUAAGUACUGUAACAGAAGCCACAUGUGCCAGGAACGCAACUGCAGUGAUAAAACCUUGCAAUUUAGAUCUCUUCUUUGAUUUAAAAUCAACUUCAUUCUCCUACUCUCAAUGUGUUGGUCUAUUUGUAAAUUUGGCUUUAAUCCUACAUUGAUGGAGAUAUAGGUGAAAAGUACUUGACUUUGCAUAGAUGCAGGCCUCCAUUGACUGAAUCAUAUUAUUUUGUUAUAAGCUUUUCUUCUUGCCUGCAAACAGCACUGAAGAAAUCUAUUAAUGUUGCCUGAUGUGAAACACUAUGCAAUGAACUCUUGGCCUCUAAGACUGACCUGAUUAAGCUAUAUUCUGCAACAGGAUUAAUUCUUUGAAAAUACUUAUGAACUUCAAAUAAAGAAAGUCCCAACGUCUUAUCAUAUUUGCACAUUGCUUUUGGAAGGAAUUGUUUGCUUUUGUAUUAUGUUGGUAAUCAAUGUAUGUGAAAUGAAUAUGAUGGAAUUAGG